UUGUUCCUUCGCUUUACAGGUAGCCCUGAUUAUUGCUGACUUAAGCAUCGGAGUGUCUACCCCGAGAUCCAUCUCGGGGCUUUGUAGGUCAAUCCAGAGUGCAGAUCUGAAGUGAAGAAGGACGUUGGGUUUGGUGCAGUUACAUUUUGGCGCCGUCUGUGGGAAACUGAACAAAAGGUUCCUUUGUUGCUCUUAUUAUGGUAAAAACUAGGUCAGUCCGAGGCGGAAACUCGUCUCAGCCUCUUGGACGAGGUCAGGUCCCCAGCAACCUUCCACCUCAUCCUCCACCCCCAAUUCCAAAUACAUUCCCUCCUGUUGAUCAUGCAGAAGGAGAAGACGAAAAUCAACCACACAAUUCGCAAGUACUGGCUCAGUUGUUAGCCCGGAGCAAUCCUGGUGAUCCACUCAUCAAUCUACUUAAUCCUGCCACACCACAACCCAAAGCCCCACCGCAAAAUCCUGAGCCAGUUCAACGUGCUCCCGUUGUUAGUGAAUCUCAGGGUCAAUCUCACAUUGCACCAGCUCAGCCACCUCCUCAGGAUGAUGUCACUCGACGUCUAGAUAGCUUAGAAAGGCUAGUGGUUGAACAACGAGGUGCCCCACCUCCACAUCCCGCUGUCGACUUCGUCCCUCACCCUCUCAACACCAAUAUUGUACUAGAACCCUAUCCAGCGGGCUUCAGAAUACCACAGCUUGAAACUUAUGAUGGGACGAAGGACCCUGAUGAUCAUCUACAUGCUUUCUACUCUUGCAUGCAGGCCCAGAACGCUUCUGAUGCGUUGAUGUGCAAAAUCUUCCCCUCUACUCUCCGAGGUAACGCUCGAACCUGGUACUACAGUCUGCCUCCGAGAUCAAUCAACUCGUACACAAAACUAUCAUCUGCUUUUGCCACUAAGUUUUCCAGUAGAAGGUUGAUAAGGAAAACCACUUUUGAGCUGAUGCAAGUCAAGCAGAGGGAUGGAGAAUCUCUAAAGAAUUUUAUGAGCAGAUUCAAUGAUGCAGUGCUAGAGGUCAACUCUUUCGACCAAGCAGUGGGCAUUACAGCUGUGAUCUUGGGUCUCGGCCAUGAAAGGUUCAGAGAAAGUCUGCUCAAACAUCCCGCCGCCACCUUCAGUGAGGUAAAUGAUAGAUCAUUGAAAUUUAUAACUGUUGAGGAAUAUGCCCUAUCACAGAACCUCACCCCUAUUAAAAACCAACACCCGGACUGGAGAGAUGAGAAUCCGAACAGGAAACGGAUGAAGACAACACAGAACCAGGGUCCGAUGUCGACCCCGAGAUUCGGAAGGCCGAACUCAGCACCUCCGCAACAACCUGCAGGUAAACCUCCAGUUAAUUGGACUCCUUUUAAUUUACCGAGGUCACAAAUCUUCAUGCAGAUUAAGAAUAAAAUGGACUUACAACGUCCGGGUCCAAUGAGAACUGCUGCUGCUACCAGAGACCAUACACGGUAUUGUGAUUUUCAUCAAGAUCACGGUCAUACCACAGAGCAAUGCAAUAGUCUGAGGUCUGAAUUGGAAAGCCUGGCGCAGAAAGGAAUGAUGAAUGAGUACAUCCAGAGAGUUGAACAGCCACGAUUUGUCAGGGAACAAGGGACACAGCAUCAAGGGGUCCGUAAUCCCCCAAACAGGCAAGGUGUGGGAUAUCAGCAGGCCCCACCACCACUCCCACCACCAGCUAGAGUCAUACACAUGAUUACGGGAGGUCUGGAAGUAGGAGGACUGAGCUCUAAGCAGAGAAAGUUGUAUGUCAGAGAGGUUAAGCACCAGAACCGGACUCAGAAGCGGAAAUUUGACGAUGCUGAGUGGAAGAGUCAACCCAUCACUUUCACAUCUGCUGAUCUUGAAACCGUUGUCACACCUCACAAUGAUCCCCUAGUUACUUCCGUCACGAUCAACAGUUGUGAAGUGCAGCGAGUCCUUGUUGACACCGGGAGUGCACCAGACAUCAUGUACUUCCAUUGUUUUGAGAGUUUGGGGAUAGAUCCGGCUCUGUUGCAGCGGUAUGAUGGUCCCAUCUACGGGUUCAACAACCAACCAGUCCCAGUUGAAGGAGUCCUCACCAUGAAUGUUGCAUUUGGGAGUGGCCGAAGUUAUGUGACCUAUACAGUGAGGUUUUUAGUGGUCAAGAUGGCGUCCUUUUUCAACGCUGUCAUUGGCCGACCUACACUAACUGAGAUCCAAGCCGUGGUUUCCCAGUCUCAUCUAUGCAUGAAGUUCCCAACUCUUACGGGCAUAGCAACACUGCGAGGCAACCAGGAGGUGGCCAAGCAUUGCUAUAUCACCUCGGUAACCCAACCUCAGAAGGACAAGGCUCAGACACCCGAGAUUAAUCCCAAACAGAUACCUGAUGAUCGGCAAGUUAUGGGUGUUGAAAUAGUAGAUAACCGACCAGAAGAUGAAACCAGAGCUGCUCCGGUUGAAGAUGUGGAGGAGGUACAGAUUGAUGACAGAGAUCCAAGCAGGAAAACGCAAAUUGGGACUCAAUUGAACUCGGAAGAAAGAGCAGAGUUAAUAGCUUUUCUUCGGGCCAAUAACGAUGUGUUUGCAUGGACUUCAGCCGAAAUGCCGGGAAUCCCCACUUCAGUUUUUCAACAUAAACUCAGCACCAAUCCCCUCAAGAAACCAGUAGCCCAGAAGCGACGCCUUUUUGGGGGGGAAAGGUUAAAGGUUAUUAAAGAAGAAGUCGAGAAACUCCUACAGGCCGGCUUUGUCAGAAGGGUAGAUUAUUGUGAAUGGGUCGCCAAUCCGGUGCUAGUGAAAAAAGCAAACGGUAAAUGGCGAAUGUGCAUUGAUUACACCAACCUCAACGAUGCAUGUCCAAAGGAUUGUUAUCCAAUGCCCAACAUCGAUAAGCUGGUUGAGGCAGCCUCGGGGAAUGAGAGAUUAAGUCUCUUGGAUGCAUACUCAGGCUACCACCAGGUCCCAAUGGCUCCUGAGGAUGAAGAAAAAACCUCAUUCUAUGCUGGUGAUGAGAUCUACUGCUAUGUAAUGAUGCCCUUCGGCUUGAAGAAUGUAGGCGCCACUUACCAGAAGAUGGUUACCAUCGUAUUCCGAGAUCAAAUAGGACGGAAUCUGGAAGUUUAUGUUGAUGAUAUAGUGGUGAAGAGUUUAAAAGCUGACGAUCACUUAACCGAUCUUGCGGAGACAUUCAACAAUCUUAGACAAAAUAGAAUGAGGUUAAACCCAGCCAAAUGCAUCUUUGGUGUGGAAUUCGAAAAAUUCCUGGGUUUUAUGGUUUCCCGGAGAGGGAUCGAGGUCAACCCAGAGAAGAUCAGAGCAAUUGCCGAGAUGGAACCGCUAAAGUCAGUAAAGGACAUACAGAGGUUGACUGGAAGGAGUUUAAAAGCUGACGAUCACUUAACCGAUCUUGCGGAGACAUUCAACAAUCUUAGACAAAACAGAAUGAGGUUAAACCCAGCCAAAUGCAUCUUUGGUGUGGAAUCCGGAAAAUUCCUAGGUUUUAUGGUUUCCCGGAGAGGGAUCGAGGUCAACCCAGAGAAGAUCAGAGCAAUUACCGAAAUGGAACCGCCGAAGUCAGUAAAGGACAUACAGAGGUUGACUGGAAGGGUAGCAGCUCUUCAUCGGUUCAUAUCAAAGUCAGCAGACAAGUGCCUACCAUUCUUCAAGAUUAUGAGGUCAGUUGCCCAGAAGGAUGAAUCAGGCAAACAAAAGAAGUUUGAGUGGACUCAAGAAUGCCAGGCUACAUUCGACGAGCUGAAGUCUUACCUUAGCUCACCACCUCUACUGACUAAAGCCAAAGAUGGAGAAAUCCUCUACCUAUAUCUGGGAAUUUCAGAUGAAGCCAUUAGUUUGGUUCUGGUAAGAGAAGAAGCCAAGCAACAAAAACCAAUAUAUUAUAUCAGUAGUGUGCUGCAUGGAGCCGAACUGAGGUAUCCUAUAGCUGAGAAAGCAGCAUUAGCAGUCGUCACUUCGGCCAGAAAGUUGAGGCCAUAUUUCCAGUCGCACCCGAUCAUUAUCCUUACAGACCAACCCCUUCGGCAGAUUCUACAAAAGCCUGAGUGUUCCGGCAGAUUAAUUAAGUGGGCAGUAGAACUGGGGGAGUUUGAGAUAACAUUCCAGCAAAGAUCUGCAAUCCGAGCUCAGGCACUGGCAGAUUUCAUUAUAGAAUGCACCCCAGGUAAUUCCAUUCCUACUCCAGAGCCCAAUGACUGGACCCUAUAUGUUGAUGGGGCAUCCAGUAGCAAAGGUUCAGGAGCUGGUGCUCUCUUGGUUGGCCCAAACGGAUACCGAAGUGAACAUGCUCUGAAAUUUAACUUCGAUGCAACAAACAACAUGGCUGAGUAUGAAGCCCUGCUACUGGGUCUGCAGCUAGCCUUGGAAUUAAAACUCAGUGCAAUCCAAGUGUACAGUGACUCCCAACUGGUGGUGAACCAAAUUAACUCAAUUUGCGAAGUUGUUGAUCCUGUGAUGGUGAAAUAUGUAGCUCUGGUGGCGGAGCUGAAGUGCAAGUUCCAGAAAUUCUGUUUGAGCAAAAUUCCCCGAACUGAGAAUGAACAGGCGGAUUCACUCUCUAAAAUCGCCUCUGAUAGUUCUUCACAUUCCAGAUCAGUCUUUGUGGAGGUCUUGGAUGAACCAAGCUUCGUGAAGCCGUGGGAGGCAAUGAAGUUAAGAAGGAAAGCAUCUCGGUAUACACUUCUUGAUGGGGUCCUCUAUAAGCGGUCUUUCUCUCUACCCCUUCUACGGUGCUUGAACCCCUAUGAAGCAGAAUAUGCACUCAGGGAGGUACAUGAAGGUGUUUGCGGAAGUCACGUAAGUGCUCGAACUUUCGCCCAUAAAGUCCUUAGACAAGGUUAUUAUUGGCCCAACAUGUACAAGGAUGCCACUCACUUUGUUCAGAGAUGCUUGAAAUGCCAGUUCUUUGCACACCUGACUCACCAGCCUGCAAAAGAACUUACUACUCUGGUAGCACCAUGGCCAUUUGCACAGUGGGGAUUGGAUCUUUUGGGCCCAUUCGUGAAGGGGGUUGGUGGUGUAACCCACCUGAUUGUUGGUGUAGAUUACUUCACAAAGUGGGUCGAAGCUCAACCAUUAUCCAGUCUUACUUCCAAGAAGGUUGAAGACUUUGUUUUCAGCUCAAUCAUCUGUAGAUAUGGGAUCCUGAAUCAGAUUGUGGCUGAUAAUGGAACUCAAUUUAACUGCACCUCUUUUCGAGAUUUCUGUUCCAGCUACGGGAUUAAACUGCAGUUCACCUCAGUUUACCAUCCAAAGUCCAAUGGCAUGGUCGAAUCUGUUAACAAGUGCAUCUUAGAGGGUAUAAAGCCGAGGCUGGAACAACACAAGGCCAAAUGGGCAGACGAGCUCAACAACGUCCUCUGGGCGUACAGAACUACAAGUCGAACUGCCACAGGUGAAACACCAUAUCAUCUGGCCUUUGGUACCGAAGCAGUCAUUCCUAUUGAGAUAGGAGUUCCAAGCUUCAGAGUCACCCAUUUCGAUGAAGGACAGAAUGGACAACUGCUUCGGGGGAACCUUGAUCUGCUUGAUGACCUCAGAGAAGAAGCACGACUUCGAACUCUAGUCUACAAGCAGAAAAUAGCAAACUUCUACAAUAAACGAGUUCGACCCCGAUCAUUCAGAGUAGGAGACCUUGUUCUCAGGAAAGCUGGUCUGACGGGGUUCGAAACUCGAUUUGGCAAGUUGGCGCCGAACUAGGAAGGACCCUACACUGUCACCGAAGUGCUACACCCAGGUGCUUAUAUCCUACGGGACACUGAAGGAAAGAGGGUUCCUAGAGUCUGGAACGUCAAUAAUUUGAAGAAAUUUUACCCUUAAUGCAUUUCUUUCUAGCAAAUUUUGGCUCAUGUUUAUUCAUUGUUAUUCCAGUUGAGACCGAACUCAAUUACUUCACAUCAUUAAUAAACUUCACUUCACAUU